CGCAGGACCCCAAGUUGCCAAUGACAGAGAGAGAGAGAGAGAGGGGGAGACUGUAUUCAGAUCACGUGUGCGUGGUAUUCAGGAAGUAGCGCAGACUGGCAGUCAUUUCAGGUCUGGUGGGGUAGUAGUAUUUUGUUUCUCAUAAAGUAGGUUCUACCCGCCGAAGACAAUGACACAAACGCAGUAAGUUCGAUUUUGGACAUUGUGUUCUGCUUUACUAUCGGAAAAGCCAUGCUAGUUUGACAGAAAUGGGUCCUGGUUAGAUGUAGAACAUUCCAGAAACACCGUAGACUGCGGGGUUUCGAGUCCGGGCAGAAACAGUGCAGCAGCCCGAGGCCGUGAAGAAGCUUAGCAGCAGCCGGAGAGUGCGCUAAGGAGUCGCCCGCUAUUGUGAGUUCGGGCGGAACUACAAUCACGUUAAAGGUUCCCACGCUGCGUUCAGCACCCUAAUUCUGUUCUGGGAGAGUUCAGACCACUAUCGUCGCCAAGAUAGCCGGGCCAGGCAGGAAGAGGCACACUUCAGAUUCCGAGCCCAGCAGCGGUAGUGAUUCUGGCGACGGGCGGCCGGUUAGCGCUAAGUGCCUGAAGAUGGCCAGCAGCGGGGGAGACCGAGUAGCUGGUAGCGAGACGGCAGGGCGUCGUAGUGGGGCUCAACAACGAGGAGGCGCUAGGGAAAACGGCUCAGCACAGACCAGCAGCACUAGUAAGAAGAAACAGAAGGACAAGGCCAACCAGGAGAGCAGAGAGGCCAAGAGGGCUGCAGCAGCAGCCAAUGAAGCGCUGGAUGGUGUUCUGGCAGAGGUCAAGAAAGAUGUGUUUGUGGACUGGAAGCAGAACGUGAAUGAAGUGACGGUCAGGCUGCGGUGUGGAGACGGGGUGCAGAGGACAGAGGACAUCAACACCACGUUCACCGACACACACUGCAACGUGUCUUUCCCAGAUGGGCGGCAGUGGAGCUGUCAGUUGCAGGAGGAGAUCGAGGCCUCCUGCAGUAAAGCACAGUACAAGGAGAAAGGUGGAUUUUUGCAUCUCAUUUUGCACAAGAAGAUUCCGUUUCACAUUUGGCCGUCUCUCAAGUCAAAUAAGAAGGAAAAGGACGUGGCCCGUCCAGAGUCCAGAAAUGAAACCAAACCUUCCACCCUGAAGUCAUCGGAGAAAGCCAGAUUAGCUUUAGAGCAGCUGCAGCCUCGGCCUCCCUCAUCACCCGCACACGACGAGCAGAGCCGCAGCGCUGGCAGGCCGGAGCGCGGCUUCAAACGCUGCUUCAAAAACAAAGCGAGCGACAAGUUGGCCCCGGACUCGGCCCAGGUGAAAAAGGGCUCCGACGACCGCUCUGGCGACAGCAUCAUGUCAAGGGCAGCCGCAAAAGGCGAGCAGCCAUCUCAGGAACACAGUGCCGCACGCACCACUUUGCGGCUGCCCAACAUGAGCAAAGACCCAGAAGGGGAGCCCGCCUCUGACAGAUCUACUGCAGCUGCUGGUAAAAUUCCUCAUCCCAGCUCACACAGACAUGAAGACAACAGAGAAGAGAAAGAGGGAGGCAGCCAGGAAUCAGGAGCACCAGGGGCGGCUGCUGGAGACAGAGCUCAGGUGGAGAAGACAGACGAGUCAUUAGACGUGUCCGAAACAACAAUACCUGGAACUGACGGCCAUCUAACAGCUGCUGACAUCACCGAUCGCUUCCAGAACCCAGCCAAAUCCAACAAGAACACGGAUUCUUCUCCACAGACGCCAAGAGACGGAACUGACCUUGAGCUGCAAGGAAAACCCACGGAGCGUGAAUCCCAGCAGGACACUUUCACAUCCCAGCAGCCUGGGACAACAGAGACGCUACCAGAACCGGCUGCCGGCGCAACUCACAGGCAGAGUCAAUCAGCAGGUCUAACGCUGAAGUCAAGCAGUUGUGACGGAGAGGAGAAACAGGACCAGUCAAAGGAAGAGCCCACUCUGGAGAUGAUGCAACAGGAAGCCCCAGAGCCGAUGGUCAACCUGCCGUUGGUGAAAAACGACUCGUACGAGAAGGGCACAGACCUGAUGGUGGUCAACGUUUACAUGAAGGGAAUCUGCAGGGAAACGGCCAGGGUCAUCUUCAGAGAGCAAGACUUCACCCUUAUCUUCCAGACUAGCGAUGCGAACUUUCUUCGGCUUCAUUCAGGCUGUGGGCCAAACACGGUGUUCAAGUGGCAAGUUAAACUCAGGAACCUGAUCCAGCCAGAGCAGUGCAGCUACUCCUUCACCCCGUCCCGCCUGGACAUCACCCUGAAGAAGAGACACAGCCAGCGUUGGGGCGGCCUGGAGGCCCCGGCCUCACAAGGUGCAGUGGGUGGUGCGAAGGUUGCUGUGCCCUCCAGCCCCGCCUGCAUGGAGAAGAGCCAGCCAGGCAGCAGUCAGCACAGCCUCCCAGCCAAGGAGGAGCCCCCGAGGGUCGGAGAGGAGCCCACCAAGGCGUCUCCCAGAGGAGUGGAGGAAACAAGUCUGGAUACCGUAGCUCCCCGCUCCGUCUCUGAGCACGUUAACAUCACCAAAGCAGAGCCCACAGUAACCACGCCUCAGCCCAAGCCUACUUGCAUGGUGCAGCCCAUGACCCAUGCACCACCUGUUGCUAACGAGUGCCACGAGGAAGAGGAGGAGAAGAAGGUGUGCCUGCCUGGAUUCACAGGACUGGUUAACCUGGGCAACACCUGCUUUAUGAACAGUGUCAUCCAAUCCCUGUCUAACACCAGAGAACUCAGGGAUUACUUCCAUGAUCGAGCGUUUGAAUCCGAGAUCAACUGCAGUAAUCCGCUGGGAACUGGAGGUAGGCUGGCCAUCGGCUUUGCCGUUCUGCUCAGGGCUCUGUGGAAAGGGACUCAUCAUGCCUUCCAACCAUCAAAAUUAAAGGCAAUCGUGGCCAGUAAGGCCAGCCAGUUCACAGGUUAUGCUCAGCACGAUGCGCAGGAGUUCAUGGCCUUCCUCCUGGACGGACUCCACGAGGACCUGAACCGGAUCCAGAAUAAACCCUACACUGAGACGGUGGACUCUGACGGACGUCUUGAUGAGGUGGUGGCAGAGGAGGCAUGGCAGCGGCACAAGAUGAGAAACGACUCGUUCAUCGUGGAUCUGUUCCAAGGCCAGUUUAAAUCCAAGCUAGUGUGCCCCACAUGCUCCAAGGUCUCCAUCACCUUUGACCCCUUCCUGUACCUCCCAGUUCCGUUGCCACAAAAACAAAAAGUGCUCUCUGUUUUCUACUUCGCUAAAGAACCUCAUAAAAAACCAAUCAAGUUUCUGGUUAGUGUGAGCAAGGAGAACUCCAGCACUGCUGAGGUUCUGGAAUCUAUCUCCAGAAGUGUGAGGGUCAAGUCUGAGAACCUCAGACUGGCGGAGGUGGCGAAAAAUCGCUUCCAGCGCAUCUUCCUGCCGUCCCAUUCUCUGGACACCGUGUCGCCGUCUGAUAUGUUGUUCUGCUUCGAGGUGCUUUCCAAAGAUCUGGCCAAAGAACGAGUGGUGCUGCUGAGAGUGCAGCAGAAACUCCAGGUGCCCAACAUCCCCAUCUCAAAGUGCGCUGCCUGCCUGAAACCUCCAGUGUCCGAGGAAGACAAACUGAAGCGGUGCACCCGCUGCUACCGAGUGGGCUACUGCAAUCAACAUUGUCAGAGAACUCACUGGCCCAGUCACAAGAGUCUUUGUCGCCCCAACUCUGAGAACGUAGGCCUGCCAUUCCUCGUUAGCGUCCCAGAGUCCCGCCUGUGCUACGCCCGCCUCGCCCAGCUGCUGGAGGGUUACUCCAGGUUUUCUGUAAACGUAUUCCAACCCCCGUUCCAGUCAGGCAGAACGUCUCCUGAAACAGCCCAGUCCCGGUUAGACGCGCUGCCAAUUGCGCUCGGCUCUCCUGACGGUGCUGGAGGCGGAGACGAGGCCAGGGGGGCAGGCGGUGAUGUACAGGCUGGCAAUGCUGACUUGGAGAGCCCCUCUCUGCCUCCUGAGCUCCAGGGGGAAUUCAGCCAGGCGUCGGCGAGCCACUCCGAGGCGUCGGGUUCCUUCUCCCUCUCCAGCACCCGGACUAAAGACUCUGGGUUUUCCGAGUCCGUUUCCUCCACUUCCUGCUGCUCUCUGGACCCUCAGGCCGAGAAAGAGACGACAUGUGAGAAAGCGGUGCGGCCAGAAGCUGCAAUAACAGGGUACCAACAGCCAAGCGAGGCAGCGUCAGGUCAUGCCAGUCAGUUCUACAUCGGUCUGCUGGACUCGAACAACAAGGAGCAAAGGCUGGAUGAGAAAGAGGAUGCUCUCGCAGACGUGGUAGAUGAUGCGACCUUGGAGCUGGUGUGGAAGAACAACGAGCGUCUGAAGGAGUAUGUGCUGGUCAGCUCUAAGGAGCUGGAGUAUGAAGAUGACCCCAGCUCCAUGAGCGAGACGGCCAGAGCAGGACAUUUCACCCUGGAGCAGUGCCUCAAUCUCUUCACCAAGCCUGAGGUGUUGGCACCUGAAGAGGCCUGGUACUGUCCAAAGUGCCAGCAGCACCGAGAGGCCUCCAAGCAACUCCUGCUGUGGCGUCUGCCGAACGUUUUGAUCAUCCAGCUCAAACGUUUCUCCUUCAGAAGCUUCAUCUGGAGGGACAAGAUCAAUGACAUGGUCGACUUUCCUGUCAGGAACUUGGAUCUGAGUAAGUUUUGCAUUGGCCAGAAGGACGAGAUGCAGCAGGCCCCAAUCUACGACCUCUAUGCAGUCAUCAACCAUUACGGAGGGAUGAUUGGAGGGCACUACACAGCGUACGCUCGCCUGCCCAGUGACAAGAACAGUCAGCGCAGUGAUGUUGGGUGGCGGCUGUUUGACGACAGCACCGUGACAAUGGUGGAGGAGAGCCAGGUGGUGACGCGUUACGCCUACGUCCUGUUCUACCGCCGCAGGAACUCCCCCGUGGAGAGACCACCACGUUUCCUCUCUCCCGGAGCCGAGUCAGCUACAGCCACAGGAGCUUCUCCCAGCCAGGCCUCUAGCCAGUCACUGUUUGGGACAGAUCUGGACCCUGAAGGACCCCCCACCCUCACCCCGGAGGUGCCAGCUGACAUUUUCGCUCACUCUGCGGAGUGCACGGCACCGUCCUACAGUAACAUGGAGGAGGUGGACUAGUUGCCGUGGCGUCCAAAAAAAAAAGAGGGUUUCCAAAGCUCAGUUGUGGAUGUGGUCAACCAGGGUGUCGACUGUUUUCUCUUCGACUCAGAGUAGUAGUGACUUCCUAAACAUAACGCAUUAGGGUUUAAUAAGCUGGCAUACGCCGUCUAAUUCAUCCACUGCAAACACGGCUUCCACACCUGCACCAUGCAGCCAUGUUUCAGAGGUCAGAGGUUAAGCUGUAAUCAACCAUCAGGUCUGGUCUGGAGCUGAAAACCUGGACCGGACCGGACUGGACCAUCCCCGACUGACGCUUUGGACUUUUAGGCUAAUUCUGUAGAGUUUGAUUGGUGCUUGUUUAAAAUGUGUGUAAAUUAUUUUUGAGUUGUUUUGCUGCAGCAUCUCCAGUCAGUUGCUUCGUUUCUUUCUGCAGGGGGGGGACGUGAGUUUUCUGUCUGUUUUCUUAAAGAUUUUUGCCUUUUUUUUGUCUUGUAAUAUUUGAUCCUGUGGAUGUAAGUGUUAGAGGGCUUUGGUAUAAACUGAAAUAUGCAUGACUUGAUUUUUGUACAGGCUGUAAUCACCCACCCUGAGCUGAAAUGCUAUGUUGCUCCGGUUCACUGUUGCAGGUUUGUCUUGAGUUGUCCAGUCUAAACCCUACAACGUUUGUCAUAAACUGCAGAUAAAAAGUAAGAACGAUUAUUAAUCCUGCUGUGGAAGCUAUAAAUGGUUGAUUAAAAUAAAACUGCUGAUGGAAAAGCCUGCAAUGUUUUCACUCAUCUGGACCUCUGUCAAUUCAGGAAUAUCUGAGAAAAAGUGUAUCUCUAAAUAAAACUGGUGAAGACUAUU